AAGUGAUGCAGGUCGUCUGAUAAUCCGUUUAUGAUGAUGCAAAAUGUCCCUGAACACAACACGAGCCAACAUGGGGAUGGUUUGAUCUGAAACUCACCUCGUGUUUUUAUUUACUCGUUAUUAUUUAUUUAUUUAUUAUCAUUAUUAUUAUCUCUGUGACUGGGAGCGACAUGGAUCCGUCCAGGAGGAGUGAGAGUGACUGGCAGGGGCUGAUCAACGAGUUUGUAAUUUGCAAGCGUAAACUGGAGAGCAAGAAAGAGGCUCUCCUGAUUCUGUCGAAGGAGCUGGACACGUGUCAGCAGGAGAGGGAUCAGUACAAGCUGAUGGCAAACCAGCUCCGCGAGCGGCACCAGGGCCUCAAGAAGAAGUACAGAGAGCUCAUCGAUGGGGAUCUCUCUCUGCCUCCCGAGAAAAGAAAUCAAGUGAAUUUGGCUCAGUUACUCACGGACUCCAGAGAGAAAAGUCAUCAGCUUUCUGAGGAGGUGAAGGAGCUGAAACAGCGACUGGUGGAAGCUCAGGGAGAUAACAAGCUCCUCCGAAUGACCAUCACCAAACAGAGGCUGGGAGACGAGGAGGUCGGAGCUCGACACUUUCCCGCGCACGAGCGAGAGGAUCUGGUCCAACAGUUAGAAAGAGCCAGAGAACAGAACGAGGUGCUGGAGCUCAGUGUGAAGUCGCUCACUGACGAGCUGCAGGACGUCCGAGCAGAGCGAGACGUGUUUCAGCAGAAGGCUCAUCGUCUCAAUGUGGAAAUGAACCACAUCGUGGGAAAUGAUGAGAUUCGGUUUCUCGACAUUGAUGCACUCUGCAUGGAGAACAGGUAUUUGCAUGAACGUCUCACUCAACUCCAGAAGGAGGUCAACUUGCUCAAAACAAAUCUGAUGAAGUACAAGAGUGCCCUGGAGUGUCGGAAAAACUCUACAAUCGGAGGCAAAGCCAACAGCAGCGCUCUGACAGGAGUGCUCUCUGCCAAACAAGUGAAGGAAUUGUUGCUCUCUGAAGAAAACGGCUGCAGUUUGCCGGUGACUCCUCAGUCCAUCUCAGACCUCAAGUCUCUGGCCACAGCUCUGCUGGAAACCAUCCAUGAGAAGAACAUGGUCAUUCAGCACCAGCGGCAAAUCAAUAAGAUUCUUGGAAAUCGAGUAGCGGAGCUGGAGAAGAAACUUAAAGCACUAGAGAUGUCGGGAUUAUGGAGCCUGCCAGGCCUGACUUAUAAUGUGUCUCUGGGAAUUUAUGGUGGAGGAAAAGAUGCCAUCAUCCUGAACCCUCAGCCGACUGAGUCACCACAGUCUCCUGCACAGGAAGCUGAUAAAGGACCUGAAGAUAAACCUGCCGAGCAGCAGAUCUCCCCAGAAGUUCAAGACCAAGAGAGUGAAAUACCAGAAGCAUCAGAUUUUCAUGAAGAGGCCCCGCUGCCAUCCAGCGAGGAGACGUCCCCACAGAAGCUUUCGCACCAGUCGGCGGAUGAAGAGCCAGCCAGCCCUCAGAUGGAAAAGCCAAACAAUGACACUCAGAUCGCUGUGGAUUUAGCUGCUUUAACACAGGAAGAGGAGUUACUGAGUGAUUCCCUUCCCUCUGUGACGGAGGUGAACGCACCUCGUCCGUCAGACCACGACACACAACUGAAUUUACACGACUCCGACCCGACAGGAGGAGGAGAGUCGGAUGAAGCUGAAACUGUCGAAGCUGAGUGUGUUACCACAGAGGAAGACAUUGACGUUGCUUUGUCCUCCGCUGCCGCUGGUGAGAAGCAGCAGCACGUCGCCGCACCAAACCAGCAGGCAGAACUUUCAGAUGAGACUGAUGUUUGUGUCGGUCAGGAAAUCUGACGUCUUCCAGGAGCCGCUUACAGGUUGCAGAGCAUCAGGAGAAAGUGUAACAAGGGUAAUUACUGAAGAUUAAUUUAUAAUGUAACGAUACUUAAUUUAUUUUUAUUAAUAAUGAUGAUUACAAAUGAUAAUUUAGCUGCUAGGGUGAACAAACUGUCUAUAAUUGUGUUGUUAGUGGCCCAUGCAUGAAAGUUCAUGGUUGUCUACAGUCCUGAUUACAUCACUAUAUGUUUCUUUCUUUCCUCUAAAGACAUUUGUAGAAAAGAACUGUGUUCACACAGUUAUCACAACACUUCCAUUGAUAUUAUAUCCCUAAGAAUGUUAAUCAAGCCUAAGAAAUAAGUGAUUAUUCGACUUGUGCUUUCAUGUAUUCCAACCUUUCAACCUGAUGAAUUAGACUACAUGACCAACAGAAUGUGAACAACCCAAUGUGAGUCUUAAACACCUCAUUUUCAAGACUGUGGACGUUAAAAUGCGCUGAACUCUUCCAGGACAGAUUUCCACAAGAGCCGGGUCAAGAGAUUUAGCCAGGGAAUUAGUGAGGUUAGGCAAUGAUGUGGGAUUUUAUCCAAAAACUUGUUGUUUUGAGGACAGAUCUCUGAAAGCUAAGUCAUGUCCUUCUGCACACAGCUUAUAUAAGACCAGUUCUUUCCAGACGUCCCUUUGUACUCAGUGGAUUUGUUGUGUUGAAACAGGAAAAUAUUUUUUCCAAAAAUGUAGGCACUUAGAGUGGGAACAAACUGUGUCAGAGGUGUAAAGUAGAGGAUCUGUGAAAUAGUAAACAAGGAAUGUCUGCGAUGAGGCGUGAAGAAUUUGAAUUGUCUGCAUUUGAUUAUAAAAUGUCAGCCUUACUGUGGAUCAGCUCAGCUCUUCAGACUCACAGUCUGAAUUCAAACACCAGAGAAGGAGAAUGUAAUUUGUUUUAGUUUUCUGAACAUUACUGCUAUGGGUUGAUCUUCAACAGAAAGUUGUGGCUGGUUGUUAGUUUUCCACCUCAGUCCAUGCUUUACAAUUGAUUUUUUUUUUUUUUUAAACUGCCCUAUGUUGGGCCCUAUGUAGAGAACAAAAUUUAAGCCAUUUAUUUCAUUCACUCAAACAUAAUAGAAACAAUUCUAGUGUAAGACACUGGAGCCACAUAGAUUACCAGCACUAAUGUCUCACCUGUGCUUUUGUGGUGAAAUAAAUAAUCGUUAACUCAGCAGAUUGAAAUUACAUAGAGCCAUCUGUGUAUUGUAUCCGUGUUAAAUGUGAACAGAUAAAUCAUAUAUUUGUGGAAAAUAAACAAUUUUCAACUACUGCC